AAGACAAACUCAAACUUCGUAAAGAACAUGCAUAGCUUAAUUUAGGAACUUAAUUAUAACAACACAUUAAAAAAAUACUAAAUAAAACCAUUACAAAUUUAAUUAAGGCAAAACAGCAAACUAUUUAUGUUUACAAAUCACAACUAUAAGUUAUUGACAGUUGAAUAAAACAGAACUUAGUGACAAUUUUAUCCUGGAAUGAUAAAACAAAAAAGAGAGUUGUACUCGUUAUUUGUCACACAAAAAUAUACAUUUCACAACAAAGUAGUUAAAACAAAAACUUAAAAAUAGAUACCACAACUGUACAUAUAUCUCUCGAAAUUUUUACCAAUUACGAAUUACAAGAAUCGAACACAAAUUUUGGUGGAAUAUUUUAAACACGAAAAUGGCAGCAAAUGGAAGAGUGAUCAUAAUAGCACUGCUAAUGGUGGCUAUGGUAAUGAACAUGACAUGGUGCGUCAACAGCAAAGGCUUUGUAAAUUUAGGAAUUAGUCCUGAAGAACUACAGAGUUGCAUCAAGGCUUGUAUUCCAGAACAAUGCAUGCCCGAGGCUAAUAAUCUAACCGUGUGUGAGAAAGCAUGUCACAAAUAUUGCAACCGACCUGCUUUCAAGUCUUACUAUGUCGUUCCUCGAGAUCGAAAUGGUGGUGGGUUUAUCAGAUCUGCUUUUUGCAAGCUAUGGUGUUAAAAUUAAUUAUUAAUGAGCUCAACAUCUAUUAUUUUAACUUUAAUUGGAUUUGGUGAGUUUUAAUAUGUGACACAAACACAAUACUGACUUGUCUCCUAAUGUUGAGUGUGUUUUGUUAUGAACGUAUAAUUAAUGA